AGGAGACUCCACAACCACCCUGCAUUAAAAAGGAAGAGGAGGAACUCUGCAUCACUCAGGAGGGAGAGUGUCUUCUAGGACGAGAGGAAGCUGAUUACACCAAGUUUCCACUGAGUAUUCUCUCUGUGAAGACUGAAGAUGAUGAAGAGAAACCACAAGUAGACAACCUCUUAGCUCCACUAUCAGACAGUGAGGCUGAAGAUGAUGAAGAAAAACCACAAGUAGACAACCUCUUAGCUCCACUAUCAGAUAGUGAGGCUGAAGACGAGGUUGAAGAACCUUUGAGCAGCGAUACAGACUGUGAAGGUGAUAUGAGGACUCACACUGACAACAAACACUCUGAAUGCUCUACAAAGAAGAGAGGUGAAACAUGUUUGAGCUGCUCAGUUUGUGCUGAAAGUUUUACUAAAAAGAGCCAUUUGCCUCGACACAUGAGAACACACACAGGAGAAAAAACAUUUAUUUGUUCAGUAUGUGGCAAAAGCUUUUCUCAAAAUAGGUCUUUGACUCGACACAUGAGAACACACACAGGAGAAAAACCAUGUACUUGUUCAGUUUGUGGCAAAGGCUUUUAUGAAAAUAGCUAUUUGACUAAACACAUGAGAACACACACAGGUGAAAAACCAUUUAGUUGUUCAGUUUGUGGCAACAGCUUUUCUCAAAAUAGCCAUCUGACUCAACACAUGAGAACACACACAGGAGAAAAAACAUGUAAUUGUUCAGUUUGUGGCAAAGGCUAUUCUCAAAAUAGCAUUUUGACUAAACACAUGAGAACACACACAGGUGAAAAACCAUUUAAUUGUUCAGUUUGUGGCAAAAGCUUUUCUCAAAAUAGCAUUUUGACUCUACACAUGAGAACACACACAGGUGAAAAACCAUUUAAUUGUUCAGUUUGUGGCAUAAGCUUUUCUCAAAAUAGCUGUUUGACUCACCACAUGAGAAUACACACAGGAGAAAAACCAUGUACUUGUUCAGUUUGUGGCAAAGGCUUUUCUCAAAAUAGCUAUAUGACUAAACACAUGAGAACACACACAGGUGAAAAACCAUAUAGUUGUUCAGUUUGUGGCAACAGCUUUUCUCAAAAUAGCAAUCUGACUCAACAUAUGAGAACACACACAGGAGAAAAAACAUGUAAUUGUUCUGUUUGUGGCAAAAGCUUUUCUUUUAAGGGUAAUUUGACUGAACACAUGAGAACACACACAGGUGUAAAACCAUAUAAGUGUUCAGUUUGUGGCAAAAGCUUUUCUGUUAAGAGCAAAUUGACUCAACACAUGAGAACACACACUGGAGAAAAACCAUUUAGUUGUUCAGUGUGCUGUAAAAGUUUUACUAAAAAGAGCCAUUUGACUCGACACAUGAGAACACACAAAGGAGAAAAAACAUUUAUUUGUUCAGUUUGUGGCAAAAGCUUUUCUCAAAAUAGAUCUUUGACUCGACACAUGAGAACACACACAGGAGAAAAACCAUAUACUUGUUCAGUUUGUGGCAAAGGCUUUUCUCAAAAUAGCUAUUUGACUAAACACAUGAGAACACACACAGGUGAAAAACCAUUUAGUUGUUCAGUUUGUGGCAUAAGCUUUUCUCAAAAUAGCUGUUUGACUCACCACAUGAGAAUACACACAGGAGAAAAACCAUGUACUUGUUCAGUUUGUGGCAAAGGCUUUUCUCAAAAUAGCUAUAUGACUAAACACAUGAGAACACACACAGGUGAAAAACCAUAUAGUUGUUCAGUUUGUGGCAACAGCUUUUCUCAAAAGAGCAAUCUGACUCAACACAUAAGAACACACACUGGAGAAAAAACAUGUAAUUGUUCUGUUUGUGGCAAAAGCUUUUCUUUUAAGGGUAAUUUGACUGAACACAUGAGAACACACACAGGUGUAAAACCAUAUAAGUGUUCAGUUUGUGGCAAAAGCUUUUUUGUUAAGAGCAAAUUGACUCAACACAUGAGAACACACACUGGAGAAAAACCAUUUAGUUGUUCAGUGUGCUGUAAAAGGUUCCAACAUAAUGCAGACGCAGUAAAACACAUAAGAACACACAAGGGAAAAUAACCAAUUAGUUGUUUAGUUUGUGGUAUGUUGCUCAUAUGUGGCAACAUCCACCCUACCCAGGACCUCCUCACUGCUUCUUUCACAAAUGUCUGAGGUAUUCAUACAAACUUGAUUUAUUUGAAGCAUAAUCUUAUCUACUCAUGACCCCAUGUCUUCUCUGUAUCUGAAACCUUCCUGAACAGUAAGAUAGAUGAUGCUUCAAGUGCUUGGUUAGUCCUUCUUCAGUCCAGGGACCUGGGGCCUCAUGUGUCAAGUUUGUACACGCUCAAAAACCUGCACUAUACCCUUUUUCACUGCAAAAUUGAGAUGUAUCAAAACCGACUAACGCAUAAGUGAUGCUGGGUAACUGUUUGCAUAACAAAGUGCCAACUUUUACUCUUCAGACUGAUUGAUGUGCAAAUCAGAGACAUAUGAACAAUUAACCCCCAACACCCACAACCCAACCCCCACCUCCCUCGACAUGGUCCUGGUGGAGAUCUACACUCGUAGUGCUUUUCUUCUU